AUGGGCUUCCAUAUGCACGAGCUGUUCGGUCUGUUCGCCAACAUCUUCUUCCUGGGCCAGGCCUUCAUCAUCAUGCUGGUGUAUGUGUGGAGUAAAAGACAUCCGCUAGUACGCAUGAACUUCUUCGGCCUCCUGAACUUCCAGGCACCUUUCCUCCCCUGGGUGCUCAUGGGAUUUUCGCUGCUGCUCGGAAACUCCAUUGUGGUCGACCUCCUAGGUAUCAGUGUGGGUCACAUGUACUACUUCCUGGAAGAUGUGUUUCCAAACCAGCUGGGAGGACGGAGGCUGCUGAUGACGCCAGAACUUCUGCGGGCCAUGUUCGAUCAGCCGGAGGACCCCGACUACCGUCCGCUCCAUGAAGAACAGCAGGGGGAAGAUCUGCUGCAGGACGAGGAGCCGCAGGAGUAACAAUACUAAGACCACAAUAAUCUGGAUAAAUCUGAGGAAACAGGAAGACAGUUAGAAGAUGUGGAUCUGUGGAGCCCUGACUCCUCAGAUCAGAGGAAAUGAACUUAAAAGGGCAUCCUGUAGAGUUCAUUUGACCGCGAUUCAGCAGAGAAAUGUUUUUACGAGUAGGUCCCUGUUGUGUUUUCAUAGUGCACAAGCACGGGGCGACAUAAAAGACAGGGAAGAAAACCAAAAGCAAGUCAACACUGCAGGAUUUAAAAUGUUAAUAUCAAAAUCAAAUGUUUACUGAGGAAGAAAAGUGAGACCUCAAAGACACACACAAUAACGGUAAAGGCAACAUUUGUUUCUGUCAACAAAACGCCACAGGGCACCUUUAAGGUCGAUUUACAAUAAUUGUUUUUUAUUUAGCUUUCUAUCGUAUCUCUUGGUCUUUAUCGGGGGGCAAUCACAUGAAUGUCAGAUGGUUUCAUACGAGGAUACAUUGUAAACCCUUUCUGAGGUCAAUAAGAUGCAAGGGCUUCAUAAAAAGCUUGUUACUGGACAUUUGGGUUAAGAUUUUGCCCACAUGAGUUGUUUAAAGUCUAAGAUGUACGUGCAUGCCUAACAGAAUGUAUGCCUGAAUUUGAGUUUGUCAAAAAUAUUCUUUAAAAACCCCAAACCUAGCAACGAGACAGUGAGUGAUUCACCUGAUCCGUGUUUAUAAAGCUAUUCACUUAGACUUUAUCAGCAUAAACAAAUAUAAACCUAAGUAAGCACACUCCAACUGUGUAAAAUAAGUCAAAGCAGUUCCCUCCCUGCUGCUGUCACAAUGAACUGCCGACCUCCAGAAACCAGCACACUCUGCACUUUCACCCGCUGCCUUUUGUGGGUCAAACACUGGCAAACUAAAUGGAAAUUGCUUAGCACAACAACAAGCAAACAAGUCUCUGUGGGAGCGUCCGACAACCACACAUACUUCAUUGUCAGUCAUGACACGGCACUGUGGAACAUUUUAGUCAAGAAAACGUUUCUGUUUGCAGGGAUUCAAUGGAAAGCAUCAGCAAGAAGAUUUAUAGGAAAAAUCAUCGUGGUAUUGACAAUUCAAUGUGGGGAAAUUCACACACACGUACCUGAUAUUUAACAUUUGAAUUUGUUAAAAAAAAAUAAAUAAUCUAAAGACGUAAUAUUUAAUUGCAAUUUUGCUGCCCAGUAUUGCAAUUUAAACUAAUUUGUUCUAGAAAUUAAACUACAGCCUUUCAUUUGUGACUUAUAUUAAACAAAGAAAAAAUAGAAACUUGUUUAUUUGUACUUGUCAGUUCAACAUACAGAAGCCUUUUUAAAAAACUGAACAAAUUAGCUCACUUUUAGAAAUGACACUGCAUAUUUGACCAGCUCGAAGAGGCUGUAUUUAGACAAAAGGUGACGUUAAGCUUAAUGCUAACAAAGAGAUGCUAACACUCUUACACAUGACAAUGUUAAGCUGGUAUGUUUAACAUGUUCAACUUUUUUGUUUAGCGUGUUAGCAUCCUAGCAAUACUUCUGAAAGGCAGUUGGUCAUUGACUUGUGAUGGACACAAUUUAAGCUGAUGGCUGAUAUAGAGGGAAAAGUCAAAGGAUCAUCAAAGUUAUAAAAAUGUACACAGAGGAAAACAGAUAUCUGUAGAAAAUGUAAUUGCCAACUAUAUUAUUUGAAUCUCAAAGAAAAUAUUAGACUGACACAUCACACUGCCUGUUACCAAAGAAAAUAUGCCACCUUUAAGUAUCACAACCGCUAAUUAAAACACCAUUUAUUUUGUGAGCUAGAAAUAAAAUGUAGCUCUCAAGAUGGAAGAAAUUACACUAAGGUGCCAUGCAUAUUUAAUAAAACAAUAAUAUCAUAUUCUCAUAGUAAUGCAGAAAUUGUUUAUUCAUUUACUUUUUAAGGGGCCCUAUUACACUCAUUUUCAGUUUCAUAUUUUGUGCCUCGACUGUUUCCACGAUUUAAUGUUCAAAAAUCUCUUUAUUUUUCUCAUACUACAUGUGCUGCAGCACCUCUUUUCACCCUCUGUCUGAAACCUGAGCCCAAUCUGCUCGGACUGGUUAGCUGGCCGGCUCUGUGGUGAUUGGUCAACCGGUUAGAGAUGUGCCGUCCCAUAGCAAAUCACGUACAAUGUGUUGGAGCGCAAGCCAAUAGGGGCAUGAGUGUUACAUAGUGAUGUCACUAUGUUAUGGAAGUAAACCAAGGACUAUAAAGGAGGCAUUGCAGGCAGGGGGGGGGGGGAAGAGAGAAACUCCUUUGCAAACCAUUUAAAUGCACACAAACCCAGUGGCGAACCGCCAGGGUUCAGAGAAUACCCUGGAACACUCAGACAAAAAAUAGAUUUAAUUA